AUGGUGAUAUUGGUGCACGUGAUCUCGCGUCUGCCCGUCAAUUCGGGAUUUUAUCGACUUCAAUAUCAACAUAGAGCACUAUGGGGCUUCGACAUGACGGGCUCCUCGUCAAUACCACUGCAAGCUUCGUCCUUGAAACGGAAACGAAAUCAUGAAGGCGAUCGCGGCCUCGAGUCCAAUGUGCCUCCACCCCCGAACGCGUCACCCCAAGACCCUGCCGAUCAAACGCUCUCGACUACGGCCGACCCUUCUCCCAAUAAACCCGAUAAACGGGGACCUAAAACAAUAGCCACGAAACAACCGGGCAAAGGGAAAAAAGUCACCUCGAAGCCGCCGAAGCCCUCGAAGCGAACUCCAUCUGCGCCAUUGCCAGAUGCCUUUAAACGCCUAUCGCAAACCCAUCGCGCCUUGAACCUUGUUUAUACAUUUUGCUGCACACGAAAGCAUUUUGCUACCACAUUUGACAACAUAAAAAAAGCUGUACAAGCUCAACUCGGCCAGGGGCGAGAACUCACUGUUGAGGAUGUCGCACGCGUGAAAGUCAUAGUUCCCGGAGCGGUCCGAUUCGAAUACGUGGACGAAGCCAAGUUAGAAGUAAUGACUGCUGGAGAUGAAGAGAUAUCUCAGUAUGGGCUAUACAAGCAAUCUAGCAUGGCAUUUGGGGCAGACAUGGACACAGCUGAAAACGCCAGACGUAACGAUCCUCACUAUGCAGAUGACACAAAGCAAGUUCUGCUAUUCGAGUUUGUGGAUGGUGACCUGAAGCGGGAAGUACUACACCCGAAGACUGGGGAGCCUGUGAAACCAAUGCGUCGUAUGAAAGACGAGGAUCUGAAAAUGCCCGUCUACAGCCAAAAGCAGAUGCUGGGGUUGAUUGAAAAACGAAACGCCAAGUUCUCAGACGCGUUAAAUGCGUUUCUAGUUCAGUGUGAGGACAAAAAUGUUGACCCAGUGGAUUUCCUUGAACAAGAGAAGAAUGCUUUCCUUCCCAACCCUCCAAGCAGCGGGACAAACACUCCUCUUGCGGCGAAGCUGCCAGCAACAAUUCCCAAGGAACGAAAAUCCAUUGGGGAGAUCAUUGCAGAGAUUCGGGAGAUGGAUUGGUACCAUGCACAGAUUGUGCCGGAAGGCCAUCGAGUAUUCGAAGCUCAAUCUCCUGUAUACGGAGAUUUGACAUUCCAGCUCUCACAGGACCUUGUCAAUGCUCUGUAUAACACAAAGGGAAUUACGCAAAUGUAUACUCAUCAAACAGAGGCAAUCAAUCACCUGUACGAGGGCCAUAAUGUGAUUGUGUCGACAUCGACUAGCUCAGGGAAAUCUCUUAUCUACCAAGUCCCAAUGCUACACGAGCUAGAAAAGGACCCCGAAAGCCGAGGGAUGUAUAUCUUCCCCACAAAAGCCCUGGCACAAGAUCAGCGCCGCAGUAUGAUGGAACUACUUCAGUAUAUGAACGGGCUGCAACACACGAGGGUUGAAACUUUUGACGGGGACACGCCAAUGGGGAGCCGGAACUUGAUUCGUGACGAGGCGCGGAUCAUUUUCACCAAUCCCGACAUGCUUCAUAUUACAAUUCUGCCACAAGAGAGUUCCUGGCGCACUUUCUUGAAGAAUCUGAAGUUCGUUGUCGUCGACGAACUGCACGUCUACAACGGCCUGUUUGGGUCUCAUGUCGCUUUCAUCAUGCGACGCCUUCGCAGGAUCUGUGCUGCGGUAGGCAAUCGACAUGUCAAAUUCAUAUCUUGCUCGGCUACCGUUGCAAACCCCGAGGAUCACAUGAGGUCCGUCUUUGGGGUGCAAGAUGUGAAAUUGAUCGAUUUCGAUGGAUCUCCCUCCGGUCGUAAGGAGUUUGUUUGCUGGAAUACGCCAUUCAAAGACCCCAAAGAUCCUACCUCUGGGCGUGCUGACACGGUCACCGAGACUGCCAGGCUAUUUUGCCAGCUGAUUCUCAGGGGGGUAAGAGUUAUUGCCUUCUGUCGAAUCAGAAAGCUGUGUGAGAUUCUUUUACAAGGCGUGCGCGCCGAGUUCGAUAGACUCGAACGAACAGAGAUCGGCAAGCUAGUAAUGGGCUAUCGAGGCGGAUACAGCCCUCAAGAUCGACGCCAAAUUGAAAAGGAAAUGUUCGAGGGAAAACUAAUGGGAAUCGUCGCUACCAACGCUCUGGAACUGGGCGUUGAUAUUGGCUCCCUGGAUGCAGUGAUCACCAUGGGGUUCCCAUACUCGAUCUCCAAUCUACGCCAACAAAGCGGCCGCGCCGGACGACGUAACAAGGACUCCCUGUCCGUCCUAGUCGGAGACCGAUACCCAACCGACCAACACUACAUGCAGAAUCCAGAUGAAAUAUUCACACGGCCUAAUUGCGAGCUGCAGAUCGAUCUAUCCAACGAGCUCAUCCUCGAAGGCCACGUCCAAUGCGCUGCAUUUGAGAUGCCUAUCCGCCCUGAAGAAGACAGCAUCUACUUCGGGCAACAGCUUCUUGCCCUAGCCCCAACCCGUCUCAUCAAAGAUUCGCUAGGCUUCUACCAUUGCCACCCACGUUUCCGCCCGCAGCCCUCCCGCAGCGUCUCAAUCCGCGACACAGAAGAUCAACACUUCGCCGUCAUAGACACAACCAACAAUCGCAACAUGGUGCUCGAAGAAGUGGAAGCCUCGCGCGCCUUUUUCACAAUCUACGAAGGCGGCAUCUUCCUCCACCAAGGCACAACCUACCUCGUCAAAGAACUAAAUACCGAAUCCUUCCUAGCGCGCGUCGUCCGCGUCCACGUCGACUGGAGUACCAUGCAACGCGACUUCACCGACAUCGACCCUAUAGAAACCGAAGCAAUGCGUUUGGUCAGUAACGACCCCUCCGCCUCGAGCGCCUUCUUCGGCGCAAUCCAGAUCCACGCGGUGGUUUACGGCUUUUUCAAAAUUGACAAGCGGGGUCGCGUCCUCGACGCCGUCGCCGUUGAUAAUCCGCCAAUCGACCGCCUUACGAAGGGCAUGUGGCUCGAUGUCCCAACGCGCGCUAUAGACAUUCUGCAAUCGCGCCGGCUAAAUAUAGCCGCAGCUAUUCAUGCCGCUGAACACGCUGUCCUUUCCCUUCUGCCAUCCUUUGUUGUCUCCUCGCCCGGUGACGUCCGCACAGAAUGUAAAGUCGCGAAGAAAGAGCUCGGCCAGUCGCUGCGUCGCGCGAAUAUGCCCAGUGAGUUCGAGGAGAAGCUUCAACCACCGACGCGGCAGAGGCCUGCCCGGCUUACCUUCUACGAUGCGAAGGGUGGGUCAUGUGGGUCUGGGAUUGCUAACAAAGCGUUUGAGUUUGUUGGGUUGCUUCUCCGACGGGCGGUUGCGCGCAUCGAAGCUUGUUCUUGUCUUUCGCCGCAGGGUUGUGUGGAGUGUGUGUGUGAUGAGCGAUGUAAGGAGAUGAAUGUUGUUAUGAGUAAGGCCGGCGCUGGGGUUAUACUGCGGUGUUUGCUUGGGUGGGAGGUUGAUGUUGAUGCCUUGCCGUGGGGGGAGGAAAUGGCGGGUGACGAGCUUGGAGUCGGAGGUGCUGGGGAGUUGGCUGGUGGCUUGGAGACUGUUGUAAGGGCCAAGGAGGUGCCGUGGAAGCCUGGAUGUCGAGUUGGUUGUUGA